AUGGUAUAUAAGGGCUUCGUAGAAGGCGGCAUCAGACCUCCCUCCCCUCCUGUGUCUCCUUCCUCAUCUCUCUCGCGUCCUCCCUACUUGACGCCGUGCGCAGCUGUGGCUGUGGAAGGUGCGGUGGCUGCCUCGGCUGGGGUGGCGGCAGCUGCGCCCCGUGCAGACGCUCCCGGGUCGGCUGCGGCCCCGGCUGCGGCCCCUGCUGCUACGGCUGCCCUGGGAGCUGCUGCAGCGUCCCCGCGGUCUGCCGCCAUCGCCGCACCUGCAGCUGCAGCCCGUGUGGCUGCGGCUGCGGAAGGGCUGCUGCCAGCACGAGAGCGGCUGCCGGAAGCAAAGCCGCUGCCAGGCAUAAAGGUAAAGGGAAUUGAUAACAACGUAAAAGAGCCGUCCAAGGAAUUACAGAGUCAUGUGCCUUUGGUCCAAGGUCCUGGAGAGGAGGGGGACGUGGCUGACGAGGAAGCUGUCGAGUCAGUCCUGGUGCAGCAGGAAUGGCGGAGCCACAUGCAGAGAUGAGUCAAAGAAGGCUAUAGAGAUGGAAUAGAUGCUGGCAAAGCAGUUACUCUUCAACAAGGUUUCAAUCAAGGUUUUAAGGAAGAUGCAGAAGUCAUUAUAAACUAUGGACAACUCAGAGGAACAUUGAGUGCUUUGCUCUCCUGGUGUCACCUUCAUGAUAAUAGUUCGUCUUUGAUCAGUAAAAUAAAUAAUCUUCUGGAUGCAGUUGGUCAGUGUGAAGACUAUGUGCUCAUAGAUCUGAAAUCAAUCACUCCACAGCCCCAUGUUGUAGAUUUAUUGGACUCCUUUCAGGAUAUGGACCUUUGUCAUAUAGCUCCAGCUGAGGAAAAGAUUGAUGAAGCUAAAGAUGAAAGAUUCUAUGAAAAUAAUGCUGAGUUUAACAAAAACUGUAGCAAGAAUCUUAGUGGGGUAGAUUGUUCAUCUUUAGAAUGUUGUAGAACACAGGAGUGUGCACAUUCUGAAAACCCAAGCCUCACUUGGAUUUUAGAACAGACAGCCAGUUUGGUAAAACAACUGGGAGUAUCAAUAGACAUAUUACAGCACCUCAAACAACUAUAA